CUUGGAGGAGCGCGGGAGGCGGACGUGUUCCCCUUCAAGUUCUGCAGGUCUCUGCGCGCCAGCGCCCGCCGGGAGCACGGCUUCUCCGCUCACUCCUUGGCAGCGCCCAGCAGGCUCAGGCGGGCACCGGAGCGUCUUUGAAGAAGCCUCGUUUCAGCUGAGGCCUGACAGCUGUAGGGAGGGCCAAGCAAGAGCGCGUACGAGGACUUCACCAUGACCCUCUACCUGCGGCAUUACUGGAAGGACGAGCGGCUGGUCUUCCCCAGCACCAGCAACAAGAGCAUGACCUUCGACGGCCGGCUGGUGAAGAAGAUCUGGGUCCCCGACGUCUUCUUUGUUCACUCCAAAAGGUCAUUCAUCCACGACACCACCACGGACAACAUCAUGCUGAGGGUGUUCCCGGACGGGCAGGUGCUGUACAGCCUGAGGAUUACAGUCACCGCCAUGUGCAACAUGGAUUUCAGCCACUUUCCCCUGGACUCCCAGACCUGUUCUUUGGAGCUGGAAAGCUAUGCAUAUACAGAUGAAGAUCUGAUGCUGUACUGGAAGAAUGGGGAUGAAUCCCUGAAAACAGAUGAGAAGAUCUCCCUGUCUCAGUUUCUGAUUCAGAAAUUCCACACCACUUCCAGACUGGCCUUCUACAGCAGCACGGGCUGGUACAACCGUCUCUACAUUAACUUCACGUUGUGUCGCCACAUCUUCUUCUUCUUGCUGCAGACCUACUUUCCCGCCACCCUGAUGGUCAUGCUGUCCUGGGUGUCCUUCUGGAUCGACCACAGAGCUGUGCCCGCCAGAGUUUCCCUGGGGAUCACCACGGUGCUGACCAUGUCCACCAUCAUCACGGGUGUGAACGCCUCCAUGCCCCGCGUGUCCUACAUCAAGGCCGUGGACAUCUACCUCUGGGUCAGCUUCGUGUUCGUGUUCCUCUCGGUGCUGGAGUACGCGGCCGUCAACUACCUGACCACCGUGCUGGAGCGGAAGCCGCAGGAGAAGUUCCCAUGCAUGUGUGGAAUGCUCCACUCAAGAACCAUGAUGCUGGGUGGAAGCUGCAGUGAGUCUGAGGCCAACAGCCUGGCCGGGUACCCGAGAAGCCAUAUUCUGACAGAAGAAGAAAGGCAAGACAAAAUAGUGGCCCACCUGGCCCUGAGCAGUGAAUCCAACUCCUCCAGGAAGAAGGGGCUUCUGAAGGGCCAGGUGGGUCUUCGCAUCUUCCAGAACACCCACGCCAUCGACAAAUACUCCCGGUUGAUAUUCCCAGCUUCCUACAUAUUUUUCAACUUAAUUUAUUGGUCAGUGUUUGCCUAGGGGCUCUGAGGCUAUGCCUGGGGAAGGGCACGGACAUCUCUGGUGUCUGGCUGGCCGCCCACACGUGGACCUGCUGAGCGUGUCCCCUCACAGAGCAGCAGCUCUUGGACCACCUCGAGCAGCAUCCUGGCUCCCGGAGGAGCCCAGGAGCCCUCCAGCUGCCCUCCCCCAGGCCUCAUGGGCUUGCUCAUCAUUCAUGCUGUGUUGUGUCCCACUUCUUGCCGCUCUGGGACUGUCUUCUUCUGUUCUCGUGUGUGAACAGGUUCAUGAGAGCCUCCCUCCAAUAAAAAAAGACUCAAAUGCCUCCCAGAUGAAUGUUCUGAGACCCUUAUGAAGCCUAGGAUUCAGUUGUAAAGGGAAGGGAAAAAUGAAGGGCAAGUUUAGGGGCAUUCUGGAUAGGAGACAGGAAAUUAAGAUUCAAAAUAGGAAUAAAAAAAUCUGUAAACCCUACACUGGAUUAAGUGCCUAUCUAGGAAAGAAAAAAAACUCAGAUCCCAGACAGGAAAUGAUUUGACCUGGGUGAGUCUGGCAACUCGCAUGAUUUUGCUAUUAAGGGACAUCAUUCAUUCAUACAUCCAUUCAACCAUUCAUUAAAUAUUGAAUACCUGCCCUGUGCCAGCGCUUAUUUUUCUCAGCAAUGUGUGACAACAUGCAUUGAGUAUUGCCAGCCAGGGAAACCACCCAAACCCAUCAAAGUGAAGAGUUUUUAUUGGGGGCUGGCCAUCUGGAUACAGCUGACUGCCUAUAUGGCUGACCUUAGUCUCCAGUUCCUUCAGAGGCUGAGCUGAUCAAUCUCAGCCUGAAACCCCAUCAUAAAUCACAUUGUUAGCUUAGACCAUCCGGCAUGGCCGUAGGCCCCCAGGUGAACAAAGACCCUCCAAUCAGGCAGGACAGCCCAGGGGUUUAGAAGUUACCUCCCAGGAGCUAGAGGCCAAGGCCCAAACCUUUCUUUUGUCAAGGUUAAUCCUUUACUGCACAGCAAUCAUUGUC